CAAAAUGGCGCCACGUUAAGUUGGUCAGAGACAACUUGAAAUCGGAGGGAGGUGAUUAGAAUUUCGGAAAUUUGUUAUUUCUACUGAAAUGAAAGUGACAUCUGAUGUUGAUGGUGGUUUUAGGAGAUAUCAACGCCUUUCCUACAACAUGUUCGGUUGUCAGAAACGCGAAAUUCGUCGAUUUUUGUUGAAAAACUACUGAUAGCGCGUCUUCAACAAACGGAGCUACUGCGAAUUUUACAACCGAAUGAACGGGUUCUUGAAACAUAGUCAAAACCUCUUUUGUGACGGAGUUUAGAAAAAAUAGUGUAUAUUAAAAAGCUAAAAUGGCCCAAUGGGAGAAGUUGAGGCAGCUUGACAACUUGUACCUGAAACAGGUGGAUGAGUUGUAUGAUAAGGAUGCCUUCCCCAUGGAUGUACGUCACUACCUGGCUUCGUGGAUAGAGGGCCAAGAUUGGGAGCGGGCAGGGCGAGAACAUGACUUUGCCAUGGUGCUAUUCCAGUCUUUAUUGGAGAACCUUGAUAUCCAGCAUAGCCGUUUUGUCCAGGAAGGAGAGUCCUUUCUGUUGCAGCACAACAUACGCCGCUUUAAACAAAACUUCCAGCAGUACCAGGAGAACCCUUACACUCUCGCCAACAUCAUCCUGUGGUUCCUGAGGAAAGAGAAAUCCAUUUUACAGAAUGCUGAGCUGGCUGAACAGGUCCAGCUACUGCAGGUCCAGCAGGACCCCAUGGAGACAGACAGCCAACGGAACCUUGAGCGUAGGAUGGCAGAGCUAAAGAAUAAAGUUCAGGGCAUGGACCACACAGUGAAAUGUUUGGAGGAACAGCAAGAUGAGUUUGAUUUUAAAUUCCAAACCCAUAACAUGGAAGGCACCACCAAUGAGGAGCACAAAACUCAACAGCUAAAGAUGCUGCAGACUCUUCUCAACAGACUGGACACCUCCAGAAAGAGCAUGCUGUCCGGCAUCGGAGCGCUGCUGGACAUGGCAGAGGAACUCCUGUGUGUGUUGGUGAGGGAGGAGCUGGUGCACUGGCAGAGGAGGCAGCAGAAGGCCUGCAUAGGAGCCCCAGACAACACCUGCCUAGACCAGCUGGAAAAAUGGUUCACGACAGAGGCAGAGUGUCUCUUCCAAGUGCGCAAGUUCCUGAAGAAGCUGGAGGAACUGAUGGGAAAGGUGUCCUAUGAGCGUGACCCUGUAAAGAGCCAGAAACCAGCACUGCUGAAGAGGGUGGACAGUCUCCUCACCAGCCUACUCAAAAGCGCGUUUGUGGUGGAGACUCAGCCCUCUAUGCCUCAAGGGAAAGGCCCCUUAGUCCUGCGUACCAACGUCCAGUUCUCUGUCAAGACUAGAUUCCUUGUCAAAUUUCCUGAGCUGAACCAUGCCAUGAAAGUCAAUGUGUCCAUUAACAGGGAGACUCCUCAGAUAAAAGGGUACAGGCUUUUCAAUGUUCUGGGUACCAAAACUAAGGCCCUGAACAUGGCUGAGAGUAUGAGUGGAGGCAUGGUGGCAGACUUCAGACAUCUGACACUGAAAGAGCAGAAGCACGGUGGAGGGGGCAAGAGUAUGCAUGAUCUCUCUCUCAGCGUCACAGAGGAACUUCACCUCAUCCAUUUUGACACAGAGUUUGUUCUGCAUGACAUGACUGUCUCUUUGGAGACAUCAUCCCUUCCUGUGGUCAUCAUCUCAAACUCCAGCCAGCAGCAGAGUGCCUGGGCCUCUGUCCUCUGGUUCAACAUGCUGUGCACUGAGUCCAGGCAGAACUUAAUUUUCUUCGCUAACUCUCCCGUGGCUACGUGGCCCCAGCUACGCGAAAUGUUGAGCUGGCAGUUUCUUUCCUCCACCAAGCGGGGUCUGGACACUAAACAGCUGGAAAUGAUUGCCUUCAAACUCUUUGGAUUGCAGCAAAAUUAUGAUGCCUGCACAGUCUCUUGGAGUAAGUUCAACAAGGAAAAUGUUCCUAAAACCCACUUCACUUUCUGGGUGUGGUUUGAUGGGAUCCUUGUAAUGGUGAAGGCUCACUUAGAGAACCUGUGGAGGGAUGGUUCUAUCAUGGGUUUUGUGAGUAAAGGCAAAGAGAAGGCCCUGCUGAAGAAGAAAAAGAGGGGCACUUUUCUGAUUCGCUUCAGUGAGAGCAUCAAAGAUGGAGGCAUCACCUUCUCCUGGGUGGAUUAUUCCCCCACUGGUGAGCCUGACAUUCGCACGGUGCAGCCCUUCACCAAGGUGGACCUUGCACAGAUCCCUUUCCAUGAGAUCAUAAGAAAUUUCCAGAUUCUGGAAGCGGGGAAUGUUCCGGAAAACCCUCUUCUCUUUCUCUACCCUGACACACCCAAGCAGGAGGCCUUUGGGAAGUAUUACUCAGAGAAGAGUGGAGUUGAUAGUCCAUAUUUUAAGUACAUCAAAACUAAGCUGAUCGUGGUCUCUAAGGAGAACAUACUAGAGGCUAAGUCACCUGUGUAUUCUGACGUUACGGAUGUUGAAGGCCUGGAGACAAUGAACCAUAUGGAGGUUCUGUCUGAAGAGGCCGCUGGUCUAAAAAGUGAGGAUCCUAUGUUUCAAGGACUUCUCCUGAGUCCUGACCCAGGCCCCAUGCUCUCUGGUGACAUCAGUCCGGAGGAACUGCAGGAGUUCCUUAACAACCCCAGUGUGUUUGACCUUGGUGAUAUACACUCUGACGACGACGCCUUCUCCGAGGCGGCUCUACCCAGUUUUUUCAGUACCGCACCGCAGCCCUGCGAAUGACUACUGAAAUGGCAUCCAUACACCAUGUCUAACCAUACGAUAUUCUACUUCCUGCUGUAGAAGCAGAUACCCAUACCAACUAAGAAGACAACCUCUGUUCAUAAUUUAUGAAACUGUUACCCCUACAAUUCUUAAGGCCCUUUUUCACUAGAAUAUAUUUUCAGAAAUAUAUAUGGAAAAAUAAGAAUAAUUGAUCCACUAAAUGAUUUUGUUUUGUACAUUUGCUGAAAAAACAUUGCUCAAGUCCAAGCAUGGUUGAUAAUGUGAAGAAAUAUUUGAAUAAUGAGUAGCCUGGGCAAGUGUAAAGAUUCUCUAAGCUUUUCGCCAGACCAAUGGCAAGAAUCGAUGUAGUGGUACUGGCAGAGAGAACAGCAACUUGAUGAGUAAAUGUGCACCCAACACACCACACCUGUAUAUGAGAAUAGUGAUCAUCAAUUUCGGUGAGCUGAUUUCCAUGGUUGUUAACCAAAAUGAGAGCUCAUCUCCCCAGGGGUUUUCUAUAGCAAAAUGAAGAAAUCUCCAAUGUCAUCUCCCAAUAACCUUUUAUGUAAACAUUUGAAAUCUGUGUAGAAAUGGGCUACAUUAAAACCUGGCUUAAUUAUAAGGGUGAUCAUCAGCUUACGUGCUGGGGUUUUCACACUCUAGUUUCUGGAGUUCACAGAGAAUUAUGCGAUUAUUGUCUGGGGCCCCUGGAUGAUAGAUACCAGAUGUUUGCUGUACGGUACCUCAUAUAGCGCAGUACCAUUCUCUGUGUUGUGAUCUUUGUUCAGAGUUAGUCAGCACUUAUGUGUUGUGUUAAGUUUCUCAAGCCCAUAAUCUUUCAUGAGGAGAUUCCAGGGGAGAAGGGUAGGUCUUGGGUCAAGCACAAAUUCUUACCCACAAUCCUCUAGCAUUAAAUGCUAUGUCAUGUAAAUUAUCAUUUGUAAUAAGGCAUGUUUUCUCUCUGGUUAACUGUCUCAUAGUGUAAAAGGCCCUUACUAGUACAACCUUCACCAGCCUUGAGCAUGCCUAUUUAACCGCCUAGUUAUUUGGUACAUUGUAGUCUUGGUUUUAACAACAUAUAGAAAUGUGCCAAAAAAGUUUUUUUGCACUAGUCUGACAUUACUUCUGAGAAGACAACAUAUGUGAAUUCAAAUUUUUAUUGAAUCCUUUGCACUAUGUCUUUUUGCUAGAUGCAGAAUGUUUUAUUUUUUAGCAAAAGCAAUGAAUAAGGGACAAAACAAGCAUCUGAACCCCAUAACUGGAGUGACCGGUGUCUAUAGUCUACCUUCCACAGAUUUCAAGAACAAGUGAGAUCCAAGUCUUUGAUUCCCAGGUUGUUUCAUUCAAGGCUAUCAGACUGUACCACAUGAAUCAUGCUUUUAUAAUUGUUUGGGAUUUAUGUUUUUUUUUUUUUAUAAAACUUACCUAAUGAUUAUGAAUUCAAUACAUUCAUUGAUUCAACUCAACAAAUCACAGCACAGAUUACGGGGUGCCUUUUUUGCUCUCUGCAUUUCUAUAUACCAUUGUUCAAAGUGAAACAUAACCACAUACAACCUGUUGUCAUUGUUGAUGUCUUUUGUCUGCAACAGGGAUGCUACGUAGCUGUCCAGGAUUCACAUAGCUCCUCUACGCAGAGUAGAGGAGCUAUUGAAAAACACCAUAUGUAUCAUCUCUCAAUUUAUGUAUAAAUCUGUAUCUUGAAGACAGUUAUCUAAUGAUAAAUGCGAUAAUAAAAUGUCUUUCCUGCUCUCGCC